AUGAUCAAGGAUGUGCGAGUCCCUCUCAAGUCGGGUGGAGCAACUACAUGUCGAGGAUGUCAACAAGGGAAAAUGGUCCAAAAACCAUUUCCAAGCAACCGGGACAAGCGCAGCUACGAUACGUUUGAGCUGCUUCAUCUGGACAUCUGCGGGCCCAUGGAAAAGGAUUCGCUCGGUGGCAGCAAAUAUUUGCUGCUGAUCAUCGACGAAGCCAGUGGAUGCAUGAAGGGCUUUUGUCUACGAGUGAAGUCCGAAAGUGAAGACUACAUCCGGAAAUAUAUCACCAUGGUACAGACGCAAUUCUGUAAGAAGGUCAAGUUCGUGCGACACGACGGAGCUCGCGAGUUUGCAACCAACUCGCUUCAACUGUUCUACGAAGACGAAGGCAUUGAACAGCAGACAACGGUGCCGUAUGCACAUCAAACAAACGGAACAGCAGAGCGUGCCAUUAGGAAUAUUGUCACGAUCGGCCGCAGCAUGUUUCAUCAGGCUAAGCUGGACAAGUGUUUCUAA